AUGGCCGGCUUCAAGACCUCGCGCCACGUGCCCGCCCUCUGGCUCUACGUCGUGUCGUGCUUCACCUUCCUGUCCAUCCUGAUGGGCGUCGUGGCCAUCGCGAUGGGCGCGGCAUCCAUGGCCAGCUCCGGCGACAACGAGGACAGGAUUCUGGCCAACGAGCGACGGAUGGACGAAAUCUCGGCGGCCGGGUUUGGGCUAUCCGCCCAGGCCACCCUGGCGUCCGGGAGCGGCGCCGAUUCGGAAGGGGAAUCGAAGCCGAUGCCGGGGCCGCAGUUCAACACCAGCCGGGGGCCGAGGAGCGGCAGGCGGGAGUUCAACUUCGCCGUCGUGGUGCACGGCACGGACACGGACACGUUUUGGUACUCGGUCCAGCAGGGGGUGGCGGACGCGGCGGAGCUGUUCGGCGCCCACUUCUUCUAUGACAACCCAGAGCAUGAGACCGGACAAGCUGCUCAUGAGAUGAUGGAAGAAGACAUCUCCAAGGCCCGCAGGUCGCUGCGCGACGGCCUUGCCGUGGCAAUCCCGAACGAGGAAGCGCUGAGGGCCGUGAUCCAAAGAGCGGCCGAGGAGAUCCCCGUGCUGUCCAUCAACUCUGGGGAGGAUGCGUCUGAGCGCCUGGGGGCAUUCACGCACAUCGGGAUGCCAGACUUUGAGGCAGGCAGGCAGGCGGGGGAGCUGAUGAGGAGCCUGGGCGUUCAGGAGGGCGUCUGCAUCUUGCAUGAGAUCUUCCCAGCCCUCCAAGCACGAUGCGAUGGAUUCCGGGCUGGACUCAACAACACUGUGACCCUCGUCACGGCUGUGCCAGCCCUGGAUGCGGUGAGCAUCAGAGAUGGGCUGCAAAACACACUGUCCGACAAUGGCAACGCAAAUGGCGUGCUGGCCCUGGGCACCUCUGGAUUCGAUCCUGCCAGGGAGGAGCUGGGGGGCCGGGUGUGCCCCAGCGGCAGCAGCCCCAGCGACUCGGAUUGCGUAGUGUUCGGCACGUUCGAUGUGUCACCAGGCGUGCUGGAUGCGAUUGUCAAUGGGGAGGUCAACUUUGGCAUCGACCAGCAGGAAUACCUGCAGGGGUAUUUUGCCAUAGCCUUCCUGUUCUGGAAGGCACGCUUUGGCGCUGAGCCUGGGUCGGGAGGGAUAAUGAUGACAGGACCCAAGUUUGUUGACACUGCCGAGGAGGCCCAGGCACUGCUGAGCAGAAACUACACCACCAUGGAGAGCCUCACGGGCAAGGCUGCUCACGAUUUGGAUAUACGCUAUGUUGUGGACGGGAAGCCAGAGGACAAGUUUUGGGACUUGGUCAAGAGGGGCGUUAAGUACGCGGCGAAUCUGUAUGGGGUUCCAGUCGAUUACAACGAGCCAGAGAACAGCUUCACUGAUGAUGAAGUCGUGAAUUUCAUGAGGGACGAGAUCCAGCGGGCGAUCGACGACGAAGUGGAUGGGCUGGUGGUGACGAUUCCUGGUGACAACUCCGUGCUGCGGGCACUCGUCAGAGAGGCGAUGGGUAAUGGCAUCCCUGUCGUCUCCAUCGCCAGCGGCGUCGACCUUUUCGAGGACUGGGGCAUCCCACUGCACGUGGGCAUGCGCGAAGAAUUCGCCGGGAGGCAAGUGGGCAAGAGGCUGGGGGAGGCCGGGGCGACCAACGUCAUCUGCCUGCUCCACAACAACCCUGACACUGCCCUCAGCGAGCGCUGCAACGGGCUGCUGGCUGGCCUGCAAGAAGUCAACCCUGAGGCGCAGAUUGUGCGGCUGGACUCGAGGGACGGCCCAGGGGCAGGCUCGAACAGGUUUCAGGAUGGGCAGGAUGGACUGUCGACGCGCAUGAGGGAUGCCAUCAAUGAGACAAUCGAGAACGACGACACCAUCAAUGCUGUGGUCGCUUUGGGUCCGCCUGGCUCGGUGCCCGCCGUGGACGCUGUCAAGGGGCGGGGCGCGCAGUGCAAUGGCGAAAAGGCGAUUGGCGUAAAGCCGGCCAACGGCGGGUGCAUCGCCGUGGCUACCUUCGAUGUUGAGUUCCCCGUCUUCAACUUCAUCGAGGAGGAGUCUGUCCUUUUCGCGGUGGACGCCAGCCCGCUAAUGCAGGGAGCGCUGCCACUCAUUUUCCUGACCCUCCAGAACUUGUGGGACAACAUGCCCAUCGGGAUGUUCAAUUCAGGGCCAACGCUCAUCGACACGGACAACGUCGGUGUGUACGAAAUCUUUGCUUGA